ACAUUUUCAAAUGGCCGCGGUCGGGAUAGUUGUUUGAGCUGUCUCAUAUUAAGCCCCUUUGACGUGUCUGUGCAUUUUUGAUUCCACGGUCAUCGCUGCCAAUGGUGAGCCAGCCUGACUAACUAUGGGAAACGUUGAAACUUUGCUCCUGCUAAUAGGCUUAGGGCACAUUACUGGCGCCGGGCAGGCACCAAAGCUCCAGUCCUUUGCGUUUCCUCUGAACCCAGCUCUGAAUACGAAGAUAAUUGUGUCUUGCGCUUCAGUAAAGGGAGAUGACCCGCUUUCAUUCUCCUGGUUCAAAGAUGGACGUCCACUGGGCUCAGGACACAGAAGUGUGGUCAACAUCGUCACUGGAAGCGUAGCCAUGCUGACUAUUCUCAAUGUAGGCGCUCAAGACAUUGGCAAUUACACCUGUGUGGUGAAGAAUUCGUACGGAACAGAUCGUUACACAGCAGCGUUGCUCCUCACAGCCGCUCCGGUUUGGCUUUCGGAACCCAAAGACACCGACGCUGUCCAAGGUGGUCAUCUGGUGCUUUCAUGCGACGCUGCCGGCUUUCCCAAACCGAGGGUGACGUGGAAGAUGCAGAUAGGUAGCAGCGACCUUAUCACAUUACAUCCCGUGGGCAGAAGAAAGAUUUACGACAAUGGAACGCUUGUUAUUGAGAGUGUGGAAUCCGACGACGGCGGUAUCUACCAGUGUGACGUCAGCAACGGCGUAGAACCACCGCUGUCAAAGGCAGUCAAGGUGGCUGUUCACGUUCCGCCUCGCAUCAGCAAGUCAUCUCCUGAAGUGUCAGUAAAAAGAGGAGAUAUCGCGAAAAUUGCCUGUGACGUCACUGGCCAGCAUCCGCUGGUGGUUACGUGGGAGAAGGACAACGCGGUGCUGCUGCCUUCCGUCGACAGGUACGAGACCCACGAAGAAAUCACAUCGACGGGCCUCAUCUCAGUUCUCGUGAUCCACAACAGCGUCAGGAAAGACGCCACUAAUUACGUCUGUGUUGCCAAGAAUGACUUCGGCCAAACGAGCCACGCGUACAGACUCAUCGUGCUAGAACCACCGGAAAGCCCACGUGACUUGGUGGUGACAGAACGUCGUAGCCGAUAUGUAUCGGUUAAAUGGGCACCACUCAGAAAGCAGGUGCUAAGAUACGUGUUUAGGUACUGGAGGAAAUCAUCUCGAGGAAGCGUCCUUCAGGAGCAACAGGUGGACGGAACGCGAAACUCGGUCAUGGUUAACAACCUUCACCCCGGUACUGAAUAUGCCGCACUGGUCUUAGCAGAAAAUUCCGUCGGCUUUGGGGAUCCUUCGGAUCCAGUCAUCUUUCAAUCAACUGCCGAAGAACCCAGUGCUCCACCAAUGAAUAUCCAAUGCGAGGCCUUGGAUACGCGGAACAUCCGGCUCUCAUGGGAGCCUCCGCCAGCCGACCAAUUGAACGGAGAGUUGAAGGGCUACCACAUUGGACACAAAAUGGAUGGCAUCCCCUUGGUAUAUGACACAGUUAAUAGGGACACGUCCACCAAGACCUUUCGUGGAUUGCAAGCAGCCACAGUAUACAAGUUUAUUCUGAAGGCAUUUAACGAAGUCGGGCCUGGUCCUCCCUCGGAAGAAGUCUCAUGCACAACUCUCAACGGAGAUCCUCCCUCAAUGCCGAGCCUUCGAGUGACGAGCAUCACUUCGUCGUCCGUAAGCUUGCACUGGAACAGUCCACCCUCUGCUGCGGCUCCUAUUAUUCAAUACGAAAUCCAGUACGGUACAGAUGACGGUGACAAACGUCAACUUCAUUUUCCGGCCACCAAGGAUGCGGUUACAUUGACAGAUCUGCGCAGCGGCACCCGAUACAACUUCCGCAUGGCUGCUUUCAACCUAUACGGACGGGGAGAUUUCUCGCACGACCUUCCGGCUGUCACGCAUCUUUCAGAUGGCAGCAGCCCAUUCCCCGUAAUGGACGACAUGCCAUUCUACUACAAGACGUACUUCGUCGUGCCUGUGGUGGCUUCCUUCACAGUCAUCAUCACAGCCAUCGUCAUUGCCUGGGCGUGUCUCAAGAGAGCUACCAUCAUGCAAAGUACUCCUUUGGUGAGCCAAUACGCUAGGACAUCGUACAUACCCACCAUGGACCAUCGUCAGGAGGAACCUUACGAUAUACCAUGGGACGGACCAACAAACAGGAACUCCAUGUGCAAAGAAGGAAGCUACACUCGUCUGAAGAGACAACGUAACGUCGUAUAAUGCAAUGCAACACCAGGUCAUCUCCAUCGCCAUGGUUGGGUGCAGCAGUACACCGAGACAACGGGCACCCAUCCUGAAGCCACUCAAUAACAGCUGGCAAUAUGGCUUAUAAUUGUGCGCGUUUGACCCAAAAUAAGAGAGUCUCGUGAAUCAACUGUGUGUAAAAGUAGAUGGGAUAGCUAAGACGAGGUUUCCAAUCAAGAUAAGAUUAAUAAAAAGGGGCGCUUGAGAGGGAAACUGUAUGUUGAGAGAAGCGCUAAACUUUUACAUUUUACAGUUGUGACUUGGUUCAAUGCUUUGUGGGAAAGCGUCUGAUAUUUCCAAGUAUCGUGUGUGUGCGCGCUUGCGUAGUUUCGUAUGGGAGCCCCGAACUUUAUUACGAUAUUUAAUUCGAUGUUGUUGUUUUUACAGUUUCCGAGAACAAUGUACAGUUUUGUAGUGUCAUUUUCAGUAAAUGUGCACUGCAGAGUUAAUUGCAAAGCAUGAAAUAUUCCCGAUGGAGGAUACGGCGGUACUCAGGAAUGUGGACGGAAUAGGCGGUUAUUUGUGGUGAACGUACGAGUUCUUUAUGAAUGGCGUUUACUUCUUUCCAACGCCGGUCACAAAAUUUUCGUUUACUGCACGUGUAUAGCAGAGCCCUGAACUACAGGAGGAAGAAACACUGUACUUGAUUCGUAAGAACCCAGCUCAGUUUAUUCAGUGGACGGACGGAAAAUCUCACCAAGCUGAAUAAAAAGACUUCUUCCCGCAAGGGCCUUUUCCUGCCCUGCGCUGGAGACCGCGCGGUGACCAACCUAGUAGGAGUCUGCUCUGUGUUCCCUGCAGGUACAUGUGUUGCGGGCCAAUUUCUCAAUAAAGAUUACUAUGCUUGUCCA